AUGGCGGAUUCGGGCAGCACCGCAGCGGUCGGGGCCGCGGCGUCCGCCUCCAACAGCGCAAAUGCUGCCGGGGCUGCUGGCACUGUUGCGCAUGAUGGGGCGCCGGGGGCUGCGGGACAAAAACCCGCGUCCGAGUCCGUCAAGGGCCAAAUAUUUGACGUGGGGCCCCGUUACACCAACCUGUCUUACAUCGGGGAGGGGGCUUACGGAAUGGUGUGCUCUGCCCUGGACCACAUGACUAACCAGCGUGUAGCCAUCAAGAAAAUCAGCCCUUUCGAGCACCAGACGUAUUGCCAGCGCACACUGAGGGAGAUUAAGAUCCUGCUGCGUUUUAACCAUGAGAAUAUCAUCGGCAUCAAUGACAUUCUAAGGGCUCGCCACAUCGACAAUAUGAGAGAUGUUUACAUCGUACAAACCCUGAUGGAGACAGACCUGUACAAGCUGCUCAAAACCCAGAAACUGAGCAACGACCAUGUUUGCUAUUUCCUCUACCAGAUCCUGCGAGGACUCAAAUACAUUCACUCUGCCAAUGUGUUGCACCGUGACCUCAAACCCUCCAACCUGCUCAUCAACACCACUUGCGACCUCAAGAUUUGUGACUUUGGCCUGGCGCGGAUUGCUGACCCUGAGCACGACCACACAGGAUUCUUGACUGAGUACGUGGCCACGCGUUGGUACAGGGCUCCAGAAAUCAUGCUCAACUCAAAGGGCUACUCUAAGUCCAUUGACAUCUGGUCAGUGGGCUGUAUCUUGGCUGAGAUGUUAUCAAACAAGCCCAUCUUCCCUGGGAAACAUUAUCUGGAUCAGCUCAACCACAUUUUGGGUGUCCUUGGGUCUCCAUCCCAAGAAGAUCUGAACUGUAUCAUUAAUAUGAAAGCCCGAAACUAUCUGCAGUCUCUGCCAGAAAAACCCAAGAUCCCCUGGGAGAAGCUUUUCUGCAGAGGCGACUCUAAAGCUCUGGACCUGCUAGGCCGCAUGUUGACCUUUAACCCCAACAAGCGUAUCAGUGUUGAGGAGGCGCUGGCUCAUCCUUAUCUGGAGCAGUACUACGACCCCACAGAUGAGCCAGUGGCAGAAGAGCCCUUCACUUUCACCAUGGAGUUGGAUGACCUUCCCAAGGAGAAGCUGAAGGAACUCAUAUUUGAAGAGACUGCUCGCUUCCAGGAGACUUACCAGGGCUCCUGA